AUGUGGCACGAGGCUCGGAAACAUGAGCGAAAGCUUCGGGGGAUGAUGGUGGACUACAAGAAGCGGGCAGAGCGCCGGCGGGAGUACUAUGAAAAGAUUAAGAAGGACCCAGCCCAGUUCCUGCAGGUGCACGGGCGAGCCUGCAAGGUGCACCUGGAUUCUGCGGUUGCCCUGGCUGCUGAGAGCCCUGUUAACAUGAUGCCCUGGCAGGGGGACACCAACAAUAUGAUUGACCGCUUUGAUGUCCGUGCCCAUCUGGACCACAUUCCUGACUAUACGCCCCCGCUGCUCACCACCAUCUCCCCAGAGCAGGAGUCAGACGAGCGGAAAUGUAACUACGAGCGUUACCGUGGCCUGGUGCAGAACGACUUUGCCGGCAUCUCCGAGGAACAGUGUCUGUACCAGAUCUAUAUUGAUGAGCUGUAUGGCGGCCUCCAGAGACCCAGUGAAGACGAGAAGAAGAAGCUGGCGGAGAAGAAGGCUUCCAUUGGCUACACCUAUGAGGACAGUACUGUGGCUGAGGUGGAGAAGGCGGCUGAGAAGCCAGAGGAGGAGGACUCACCAACAGAGGAGGAGAGCAACUCGGACGAAGAUGAGGUCAUCCCCGACAUCGACGUGGAGGUGGACGUGGACGAACUGAACCAGGAGCAGGUGGCAGAUCUCAACAAGCAGGCGACCACCUAUGGCAUGGCCGACGGCGACUUUGUCAGGAUGCUCCGGAAAGACAAGGAGGAGGCCGAGGCCAUCAAGCACGCCAAGGCCCUGGAGGAGGAGAAGGCCAUGUACUCGGGCCGUCGUUCCCGGCGCCAGCGGAGGGAGUUCCGGGAGAAGCGAUUGAGGGGCCGCAAGAUUAGCCCACCCAGCUAUGCCCGUCGAGACAGCCCCACCUAUGACCCCUAUAAACGGUCGCCCUCCGAAUCCAGCUCAGAGUCCCGUUCCCGCUCCCACUCUCCGACCCCAGGCCGGGAGGAGAAGAUCACAUUCAUUACGAGCUUCGGGGGCAGCGAUGAGGAGGCGGCUGCGGCUGCGGCUGCAGCUGCUGCAUCAGGGACUGCAGCAGGGAAGCCCCCCGCGCCCCCCCAGCCCGGCGGCCCCGCACCAGGGCGUAAUGCCAGCGCCCGCCGCCGCUCCUCCUCUUCCUCCUCCUCGUCCUCCGCCUCAAGGACCUCCAGCUCUCGCUCCAGUUCCCGCUCCAGCUCCCGCUCCCGACGCGGUGGCUACUACCGCUCCGGCCGCCAUGCCCGAUCCCGCUCCCGCUCCCGAUCCCGCCGCUAUUCCCGCUCCCACAGCCGUGGUCGGCGCCACUCCGGAGGGGGCUCCCGUGAUGGACGCCGCUACUCCCGCUCGCCUGCCCGGCGAGGGGCUUACGGGCCCCGGAGAAGGAGCAGGAGCCGAUCCCGUUCCGGGGACCGCUACAGACGGGGUGCCCGGGGCCCGCGGCACCAUAGCAGUAGCCGGAGCCGCAGCAGCUGGUCCCUUAGCCCAUCCCGCAGCCGCAGCCUGACCCGCAGCCGCAGCCGCAGCCAGAGUCACUCACCAUCGCCCCUGAGGGAGAAGCUGGCCAGGCCGGCGGCAUCCCCUGCCGUGGGCGAGAAGCUGAAAAAGACCGAGCCUGCCGCUGGUAAAGAGACAGGAGCUGCCAAACCCAAGCUGACACCACAGGAGAAGCUGAAGCUGCGGAUGCAGAAAGCCCUGAACAGGCAGUUCAAGGCGGAUAAGAAGGCGGCUCAGGAGAAGAUGAUCCAGCAGGAGCAUGAGCGGCAGGAGCGGGAGGACGAGCUACGUGCCAUGGCCCGCAAGAUCCGUAUGAAGGAGCGAGAGCGUCGGGAGAAGGAGAGAGAAGAGUGGGAACGCCAGUACAGCCGACAGAGCCGCUCACCGUCCCCAUCCCCCCGCUACAGUCGGGAAUACAGCUCCUCCCGCAGGCGCUCGAGAUCCCGUUCCCGAAGCCCCCAUUACCGCCACUAA